AUGACGAGCAUUGAACAGAUUCAAAUCAGCGGGGUCCGCAGCUUUGAUCCCAACCCGGCGCACCGUCAGACAAUCGUUUUCCAGAAGCCCCUCACCGUCAUCCUCGGGAAAAACGGUGCGGGGAAGACGACCAUCAUAGAGGCACUACUAAACGCCUGCACGGGGCAAAUGCCUCCUGGCAGCGGUGCCGAGAAGAGUUCCUUCGUGUACGACCCGAAGGUGAUGGGCGAAACGGAUGUCAAGGCGCAGAUUCGCCUGCUGUUCACUGGGAAAGGCGGCAAGGUGAUGCAGGUGAUACGCUCCUUUCAAGCCCUGCGCGCCCGCAACAAAACAUCCUUUACCACACUCGAUAGCACGGUGGCCUUCCAGGACGCCGCCACUGGCAAGGUGGUGUCCAGCACUUACCGUGCGAACGACGUGGACCGCGCCGUGCCUGAGAUGCUGGGCGUCUCGCCGGCGGUGCUCGAGCACGUCAUCUUUUGCCAUCAAGAGGACGGGAACUGGCCCUUGUCACCGCCCAAGGAGGUCAAGAAAAUAUUUGAUGACAUUUUUGCGGCGACGCGGUAUGUCUUGGCACUGGACCGGCUUCGCGAGAACAGCAAGGAGUUUCGCCGACAGCAAAAGGAGCACGAGGCCAAUUUGAUGGCGCUGCGAGAGCACCGGGAGCAGGCGCAACAGCUCACACUGGACAUCACCGCUAAGGAGGAGUUGAUCCGGACCAUUGAGGAGAGAGCCAAGUCGCUGGAGCCUCAGCUGAAGAAGAUGCAUGCUGUCACUGCGGCUCUGAGCGCUGUGGAGCAUAACGCGGAAAAUUUAGCACGCGAGGCCGCGAUCCUUCAAGGCCGCAUAGACGAGAAGCAGCAGUCCCUGCAUCGAAUGACGCUCCCUGCGACGACGCUCACUGUGGAAGCGAUGCUGGAAUUCAAGCGGGGGUUUGAUGAGCGCAUCAAAGGUCUUGAGACAGAGGCGUCGGAGAAGGCGAACCUCCUCGAGAAGGCUGAAGCAAACAGGCGCAAACAUGAAGAGACGGCGCUGCAUCUUCGCUCGAACAUCAGCUUCCUUGAACAGAAGGAGCGGCAGUACACGCAGCAUUCUGUGGAACUUCAGGGGGUUGUCACGAAUAUAUCGGCGGGGCUCGUAUUGGGCGAGAGUGACAUGAAUGAGGAGGGCCUGCAGCGUGUGGAGGAGCAUGUGACUGCGGAGUUGCGAAAGGCGACCGCGGAGCGUGACGAGACAUUGAGGGGGUUUGAUGACAGUAUGAGGCUUCUCGAGGAGGAGCGUGGCAAGCUGCUGCGCUCAAUGGAUGCGGACAACAAGGAGAAAGACAUGAAAGAGGAGCAGCUGGCGCACCUGCACCAGCGCAUAUUGGGUGCUGAGGAGGCGCUGGGAAAGUUGAAGCCGCACGUCAGGGCCACGCAGCUGGAGGCACUGAAGAAGACGAUCUCCGACUUGGAGCAGCGUGUGGAGGCGAUGGAGGAACUGAGGAAGCGAGGAGAAAAAUAUAGGCAACGAGAAGACAUUCUGGAGAAAAUAGAGGCACAAAACUGCGUCGUCGCGGUGCUGCGUCAAGAGUUGGCGAAGCAGAAGGAAUGCUUGGGUGGGGAGGCGGAGAUGAAUCUGCUUCGGGCACAAAUCACAGAGAAGGAAAAGCUCCUUGAGGAGGAGCUACAGGAGACACUUGCGCCGGAGCUGUCCAGGUUUGGGCACGAGGUGGCUGAGGGCCGCUCUUUGUCGCAGCUGUCACUCCUCAUUGAGCAGCUCAGGGAGCAGAAGCUGGGCGCACUGCGUGUUAUUCAGACAGAGCACGGGGAGCUCGAUCGUCAAGUUGCCGUGCUGCAACAGAAGCAGUCGCAACGAAUGGAGGAAAUUGUACAGGAAAAACUGGUGUUGCAGCAGAAACGUGCGACCUGCGCAAAGGUGCUUGGUGGCUUGAGUGAACUCGAUCAGUUCGAGGCUGUCCUUGACGAGGCUCGUGAGUCCUUGCAUAAGACGAGAAACAGGCGUCACGCGCUGGAGGCGAUGGCGACGUGCUACGCCAACUUUCUGGAGGCGGCCAGGGCGGAGGGCAAGUGCCCUGUGUGUGACCGCGGGUUCAAGGACGACGCGGCGCUGGCCCACUUUGUCGAACUCCACGAGAGUCAUCACGAGGCGUCGCCAGAGAUGGUUGCGAGGGCGCAGUGCGAGGCGACGCAGGCCGAAGAAAAGGUGCGCCGGUUGGAGAGUCUCGAGGCGGAUGUGCAUGAAGUGAGACGGCUGGCGGCGAGUGUUCCACAACUGGAGCAGCUGGUGGCAUCGAUCAGUGAGGAGCUGGCGAACAAGUCUGCCUUGCUGGAAGAUGUGGAGCGGAAGCGGGAGGAUGUGGAGGGUCAGAUGAGGCGUGUGCAAGACCUGGUGCGGACCGUCACCGACCUGAACGCAGUCGCCGGUGACAUCCGGGCACUGAAGCAACAGCUUUCCCGCAGGGAGGCUGCCGUACAAGGACUCCAGGCGGAAGCGGCGGCGGCGGCUGGUGGUGGUACCGGCAGCCCUCGAGCAUACGAAGAGAUUUCGGCGGAGUAUGAAAAUGCCAGCACCGAGCUUUAUCGUCUUAACGUGAUGCUGAAUGAGGCACAGCGGCGCGAAGAAGGGGAGUCAGACCAGGCGACCGCCAGUGAGCUCAACGCGAGGCGGUCAGAGUACUACCAGUUGGAGAUGAAGUUGGCGCGGCAGGGUGAGCUGGAGGAGGUGCUUGCACGCUACAAAGCUGAGGCCGACGGCUACAAGGAACGCAUUGCUGCCAUCAACGGUGAGCAAGAGGCGUUGCGCGAGGAGCUCACGCGUCUGCAGAGCCGUCUGCGGGGCCUUCAACAGGGGCGUCAAGAGGCCGAGUGCGCCUUGCAACAGGGUCGCAUCGGGAAACUAGAGGCCUCGGGGCGAACGCUGGCGGGGAUUUUGCCCCACAUGCGUGAAUACGUUGCGUCGAGGCAUGGAGACCAGCUGGCUAGCGCGCGGGAUCAGCUGCGUGCGGUAGAGGCGGCAACGUUGACGGCCGUUGAUGAGGUGAAGCGGCUGCGUGAGGCGAUUCACGAGUCGCGGCGUGUGGUGGAGGAACAACAUCGGCAGGCGGCGGAGGUGGAGAGGCACAUGGAGGCCUUUGAGAAGCGGCGAGGGGUGGAGGAGGAUCAGGCGCGGCUGCGGGAGGUUGAGCGCUCCCUCACCGAGUUGAAGGGCCGAGAGGUUCACGGCGUGGAGGCACUUCUGGGGAAAGACGUCAUUGCGCGUGAGACGGUGCCACGCAUUCGGGAGCUCAUCCGCGAAAAGGUGAGCGAGUUGGAGAAAGCGCGUGCGCAGCAGGAGGGAAACGUGGAGGCGAUGAUGCAAGACGUGGCGCACCUCAAGGGCCAACUGUCGCAUGCGAAGUACAAAGACAUCGAGAAACGCUACCGCUCGACGUUCCUCAAGGUGCAAACGACGGAGAUUGCUGUUGCGGACAUUGAGAAGUACUACAGGGCCUUGGAGAAGGCCGUGCAGUCGUACCAUCAUGAGAAGAUUGCCCAGAUCAAUCGGAUUUUGGCCGAUCUGUGGCGGCAGACGUACAAGGGAAGCGACGUUGACACCGUGGAGCUCCGCUCCGAGGAUGACGCGACGUCGACCACGGCGCGUCGCAGCUACAGCUACCGCGUCGUGAUGAAACGCGGGAACAGUGAGAUGGACAUGCGUGGACGCUGCAGCGCCGGUCAAAAAGUGUUGGCCGCCGUGCUUAUUCGCCUUGCGCUGAGUGAGGCGUUCUGCUGCGACUGCGGCAUCCUUGCGCUGGACGAGCCAACGACAAACCUCGACGAGGACAACGCCCGCUCGCUUGCAGAGUCGCUGCGGCAGCUUAUCGACAACCACCGCGCCGUGAAGCACUUUCAGCUGAUUGUCAUCACACACGACGAGCAGUUUGUGCGGGCCCUCGGGGGGCAGGCGCUGGACACGUUCUACUACAUUCACAAAGACCGGGAGGGCGCCUUCUCUGUCAUCGAGGAACGGACCUUUGAGCAACUGUUUGCGGCGUAG